CGUCGGAAGCUCUUUCAUGAAGCUAGCGGAUUAGCCUCCUGCUCGGUGGCAUUAGCGCCUUGAUAUUGUUGUAAAACAGUCGUUUUAAUGAUGUCAGAGGAAAACCUGUUUUCAUUUGAGCUGCUGGUGGAUCAUAUCAGACUCAAGAAUGAUUACAAAGUUACAGACAGUCUCGCUGUUGGAGUGCGGCUACUGGAUUUCCCUACACUGCUAAUCUAUCAGCGCCCAUCAACGAGUCUAGGCUGUAAACAGUCUGCGCAAAAGCAGCGGGAUGAACAGCAGGUGUUCCUCUUUAACAGAGGCAAGUCUUGUUUAUUCAAAAUGAACCUGGACUCUCUGCACGUCCAUCUGUCUAGCAGCCCUCUGUAUGCCAUGGUGCUGGAUGUAACUGAGGAGCAGAGCCCCAGAUUGGUUGGCUCCUCUCUGGUAUCUCUGGCUGAAGCGAUGGACAGAAUCAAGCUGCUUUCCGGUCCCUCUGCUCACAGCGGAAAGGGAGUCGCUGCUAUAAGCAACCUCACUGGGGAGAGGAUUGGAACAAUAUCCCUGAGUUAUAAGCUGGGGUGUCUAGGAGCAACUUUACUUCCACACAUCACAGAGGGGAGGGGGGUAGAAAGCACCAGCACCCCUGGAGGUAAAAACCAAGAACUUUCCAAGGAGAAAUGCAACUCUUAUAGCAUGUGUUCUCCCAGAGGGAACGAGUCCGAAUUUAGCAUCAAAAGCAAUGAUGCAGGAAAUUCACACACCCUGUUAGAAGAGAGUAGGGAGGGUGAUUGUGCCGAAAGCCAAACUAAAAACACAUUUGAGGAGGAUUUAACUGUUUUCUGCCCCCCUCAUCUUUACUACAGUAAUGCUACACAAGCAGAAAGUGGACAUUCAGAGCCGGAUUACAGAUUGCUAAAUAUGGAAUCAGAAGCUUUUCCAUUUGAAGAUGCAUUCUGUGAGGUUGAGGAGCAUAAAAAGAAAGUUUCAGCUUCUAAAGACGUACACCAGGAGAUAAUGCAAACUACAAAAACAUCAAGCAGCCAAGAGGCAAGCGGGGUGACCACAAAUAUUCUCAGGGAAGCCCUGCAGCAGCUCCCACUUUUAAGCGCACUUGUGUCUGAACUUUCACAGUUAACCAUUCAUCCCAAUCCAGCUCCAGUUACAGGGCCAGCUUCGGAAAAGUAUGGAAAUUCACCAUUAACUCAUCCCCAGCACAAAACUACACAGCUCUCUGACACUCACUUAAAUCCUUUACCUCCCCCAAGAAAUUGCUCUACGCCGAACCCUGUAAAGACGCAAGACCACCAAAAACAGACUUUAAGCUCCAGGAAAUCUCAAAUGAAGAAGCUCAAAUAUGGAACAACUAAAACAUUUAAUUUAAGGCUAAAGCAAAUUUCUCCUCGCAAAGCGAACCAUCGUGAAUGCGUAGAGUUAAAGAAAAGUGCCAUGCAAACAAGAAAUGAUAAAGAAAAGAAAAGGUCAAGACUCGCAACUUUGAAGUCCAAAGACAGAGAACUUCCGAUAAAUCGGGGUUAUGACUUAGAUAAAAACAUCAGGACAGUGGUGCAAAGUGGAUGUGUUGAUGCUGCUCUAAAACAAACUGUCACUCUGAAACCAGAAACACAGCAGAUCAUUCCAGAAAGUCAUGAACAAACGGUUUCAGAAUAUUUUCCUUCACAGAAAGAGCCCAAAUGUAUUUCCAUCCACAUUCCCAGGCUGCAUAGUGACAGAGCUCCUCUGAGCAAAGACGCAUACAAGCAUCAAAGUGAGUCUGAUCAGUCAGAUUCUCAAUCUGAAAGGGUGAAAUUCAGAGCUCCGGCCCCUGAUCUCACAAAGAGAAAACACGCCAGGAGCAACAGUCCAGAGUCUGCAGAGAGUAGUAAUAUUGAAAAUGAAGCAAACUAUGCAGAUGACUUUGACAGUCUUGAAUCUAGCAAUGCUUCCUCACCUAAAUCUGAUAAAAGCCCUGCGCCAUCUACAGGCAGGACUACAAAAACUCUCAACAGCCCUGAUUCCAGCACCUCUGAUUCAAGAUCAGGCGGUUUCCAGAAGAGAGCAGCUCUCCACCCUGUUCCUUCCAAAACCCUUAAAUCCCCCAACAGAGAUCUGAUGGGUACGCACAUCAUCCAACCACGCACCCGCUCCUCAGCUCCCGGCUUUUCUUCCGACACGGAUGAUGAUGAUGAUGACAUGAAGAGGCCAUCUUCCUCAGAAAUUGUUUGCUUUAGAAAACAAGAAAGUGAAAAAAUGGAGCAGAGCUCUAGUGCAGAGAGUGUUUCAAUACCAAGAAGUGAAAAGGAAAAAUUACCCAGGAACCAAAACCUUUUAGGAGGACUUCCUGCUGAAUCGAUAUCCUCUCUUGAAGAUGAAGAAUUGGAGGAUGAGCUUGGAUCACUGGAUUUUAGAAAAGGAUACCAGCAUAUCUCUGAACUUGUAGCCAGCAAGCUUCCAGGAUACACAAUGUAGAGAAUACUGUUACGACUAAAUGAGGAAAAUACAUCGUUAUGCUUCACAAAACCACUAUUUUAAUAAAGAC